CUUGAUAUGAAAAAUUAAAGAUAAUAAUGAAUGAGAAAUUGAGAGCAAUAGGUUAGAAAGAAGGAAAUGUUUGGCUUCCUUUGUUUUUUGAAAUUAUUUGUGUAGAGUAAUUUGCUUGAUCUUCUUCCCUCGCAAACAUCUUUGUUGUUGGUAUCAUGUGAAGAAAGGUUUAACAUUGUGGAAUACGUAGGUAGCGGUAUAGGUAUAGGUAUACGUAUGAGGCGAUGUACGUAGGAAUAUAUAUAUAGGGUUUGAGGAUGACGAAGAUUGAUUACGUGUUCAAGGUGGUUUUGAUCGGUGACUCCUCUGUUGGCAAAACGCAACUUCUUGCGCGUUUCGCCAGGAAUGAAUUUAGUGCCGAUUCUAAAGCAACAAUUGGUGUUGAAUUUCAGACCAAAACUCUCAUCAUUGAUACCAAGACCAUCAAGGCUCAGAUAUGGGAUACCGCUGGCCAAGAAAGGUACCGAGCAGUUACUAGUGCAUACUAUCGAGGUGCUCUUGGAGCAAUGAUAGUUUAUGACAUGGCUAAGAGGCAAUCGUUCGAACACAUGGCUAAGUGGUUACAAGAACUGAGGGACCACGCUGACAAGAACAUUGUUGUGAUGCUUAUUGGAAAGGAUUUUGCACACAGGGAGAACCUCUUCUUCAUGGAGACAUCAGCUCUUGAUUCCACGAAUGUUGAAACUUGCUUUAUCACCAUUCUAACUGAGAUAUACAAAAUUAAUGCCAAGAAACCACUUUCUGGUGCUGAUGAUAUCAAUGGUACUAGUCUCAGGGGAACCACCAUAAUUAUUAAUAACCAUGAUGAUGAUGCUGGAAAAGGUUGCUGUUUGUCCUAG